AUGGAAAAUCCGGCGAUGGAAAAGGGGCUCAUGAAUCCUUUGAUUAUAGAUAACAUAUUCUCCCAUCUGGAUUUUACCACGUUAACCUCCGCUCGUCUUGUCUGCACCGUUUGGGCCGAUAUAAGCACCCCUAUGGUUGUACGGAAAGGCCUCCUCACCUUUUCCGACUUUAAGAGCAUGACCGUCUUCAACCCUAAGCUAGCAACGAAUGUUUCAAUCUUCUUGGAUUACAACUGUGAUUGCAUGCCCAAUUUUGGACGUAUACUCAAAGCGGACCCACAAUCCCUGGAUACUAUCAGCAUGUCUGCAAUUUCAAACCUUUUGACUGAACUCCACCUCUCGGCAGGCGAUCAAGUCUGCGUCGGCCGGGGAUCACCGGGGGAAUUGUCUGGCACUACGUUGAAGAUUUUGAAGUACCGCUACGUUGACCGCAACAAAUCCUACCGCAUUUCAAACCUUGAUCCUUAUUACGUUCCAUGGAUAGAUUUCUCCUUAUCCAAAAUACUUGAGAGAUUUGCAAAUUCAUUAGAAAAGCUAGAAUUGGGACCUUCUGACUUUGAGACUGCUCAAAUUUUGAACUUUUCCGCCCUGCACCUUACCCACCUGAACAUCCAUGAUGCCGAGCAGUAUGAUCUUAAGAACUUUCUGGACGUAGCCCAUGUUCCCAAACUGACCCAUUUAUCGGUACGCCAUCACCACAUUUCUCAACUGUUUAAAACUUGUCACGUUUCCCACUCGGCGGUAAUGUCACUCGAGCUGGACACCAGCACCUAUUGUAACAAGGAGGAUAUACUAGCUGCCGCUAAAAUUGCGUACAUCUUCCCAUCUGUGACCGAGUUUAAGAUUAUACUGAAAGUGGAACCUUAUCCAGAGGUUUUUACGACAGAUUUGGCCGAAGCGAUGGGAUCCUUUCGAUCUUGGGAGUUGAAUAGGGGGGUGAUCGUUAUUGAAGGUGUGUCUCCGGAUGUUGCGGCGGCGGUGAUGGAAGGGUUAAUGGAGUGGCGAUGUUUGAAAAAUACAUCACUUCGGUUUAAAAAGUCUCCAGAGUUUGACAAUUUUGAGAUGACUGACCGUGUAAGAGAUGCCCUCGUGUCGUGCAGAUCGAUUCGACAUAUCGAUAUGUCUAGGUUAUCGAUGGAUGAGCAGGCUCGGAACGAUUUAAAGGAAUUAAUUGCACGGUGGAAUUUGAAAAUUUCCACCUAGUUCAAGGAAUCAAAUGAGUAUAGUUUUUAUUACAACUAGCUCGAUUAUUUGUUUAUUUUUAUCUGUUCAAUUUGUUUGUUCUUAACUCUUCAAAUUCAGAAAAUUACGUGUUGCAGCAAAAUUUGAUUUUCAUUUACAAGGGACUUCCAAUCACUUUUUUUUAACUUCUUUCUAUU